AUGAUCGAGACUGAUACCAGUUUUCUAUGGCAAUUGUAUGUUACUUUUCAUGAAUCACUUGAGGUGGUUGGUGAUAAUAGUCUUGAUGAGCAAUUAUUGAAUGUUUUUACCAAAGCUACUGAAGCCCAAUUGCAAGAAUUCUAUCGAAGAUUGCAACAACGCGAACAAGCUCGUCAUAGUGGCGAUUAUGAUGCUGAUGACGAGGAUCUUAUUAUGGAAGAAGAGGCGACGGAAGAAGGUGUUUUGGGUGAAUUGUCAAAAGCUUUACAUGUCAUCCUGAAAACUCAUCGAACAGCGUAUCUUUCAUCAUUUGAUAAUUUAUUGCCCGUUGUCAAAAUGUUUUUAGCUGACGCUAAUUCAUCUGCUAGGCAAUGGGCUUUAUGUGUCAUUGAUGAUGUUAUUGAGUUUACUGGACCCGCAUCAUGGAAUUAUCAUGCUCACUUUUUAGAAAAAAUGAUUGCUUCAUUAAUGGAUAUAGCACCGGAUGUUAGGCAAGCUGCAGCGUAUGGUAUUGGAGUAUGCGCACAAUUUGGAGGAGAAAACUACACAGACGCAAUUGCAGCAUCAUUAAAUCCAUUAUUUCAAAUAAUAAACAUUGAAGAUUCAAGAAAAGAUGAAAAUGUUUAUGCAACAGAAAAUGCCAUUUCAGCGAUCACAAAAAUACUUAAAUUUAAUAAUACUAAAAUAGACGUAAACACAGUACUGCCUUCAUGGUUUGCAUCACUUCCCAUUCUUUACGAUGAGGAAGAGGCAGCUCUUACCUAUUCAUACUUAUUAGAUCUAUUAGAGGCACAACAUCCAGCAAUUCUUGGAAAUAACAAUGCAAAUCUCCCUCAUAUUGUUAAUAUUUUUAUUGAUGUACUUGCAGCUGAAAUAUUACCGGAAGAUACAGCUACAAGGAUGGUUAGUGCUUUAAAAGUUAUUCUAAACAGUUUUACAGAAGAAUAUAAAACAACAUUAUGGAAUUCUAUUGAUCCCGAUAAACAAAUGACUUUACAGUAUCAGUUUAAUUUUGGUGGAAAAGAUGAAAAAACGGGAUUACCAACAUUAUCAUUUAGACCUCAAAAUGUCACAGUGGUUAAAGGUGACACGAUUGUAUGGGUCUUUGAUGGUGGAAAUCAUAAUGUAGUUCAAUCAGAUGGACCUGAUGGUUCAUGCGAAUUAUCAACCGCACCUGAUGCUUGUAAGUAA